AUGGUUACGAGAUCUGUUAUGUGUCGACAAAAGAGAACAGAUCUUGUUGGAUCGUGCGUGACCAAGAAGAAAGACAGGACAUGUCCGAUUAAGUUGUGUACCAAGUGCAUAUUGAACAGGUAUGGGGAGACUGCACAAGAGGUUUCGUUGAAGAAGGAUUGGAUUUGUCCCAAAUGCAGAGGAAACUGCAACUGUAGCUGCUGCAUGAAGAAACGAGGUCAAAAGCCUACUGGGAUAUUAGUACACACUGCUAAAAAGACUGGGUUCUCUUCUGUCUCAGAGCUUCUGAAGACUAGUGGUUCUGACAAAUAUUUUUAUACAAAGAAGGUGAAACCGGCAGGUAUUGUUGUUCCUUCGCCGCUGAAACUUGACCAGGAGAAUUCUAUUGAACAAAAACAAGUUAGUAUUAAAAAAUCGAGAAAAACUAAACGUGAAGAGCUUAAGGAUUUAAACAACGGCUGCAACGAUGAGAAUGCCGUGGUGAAAAAGAGCAGUUCCAAAAAGAUCAAGAUUUCUGAUCCCGUUCAUGAGACAGAAGUUACCAAGAAAGUAUUGGUAGAAGGAAAAAAGAAGAAGACUACAGCUAAAGAUACCAAGGAAAGUAACGUAGCGGAAAAAACCAAAAGAAUCAAACCAGCUCUCAAAAAGAAAGAAGAGGAUCAGGUUGAUGUGAAACUACCUCAGGGCAAUGGCUCAAUUUCUGUUUCUAAGGAAAAGAAUGUAGCGGAUAAAAUCAAACGAAUCAAACCAGCUCUCAAAAAGAAAGAAGAGGAUCAGGUUGAUGUGAAACUACCUCAGGGCAACAGUUCAAUUACUGUUUCUGGCAUUGACUUGGCUCCUGAAGAUGUUGGAAAUGUAUUUCAGUUUUUGGAGUUUUGUUCAGCUUUUGGGAAGGCUCUUGAUUUAAGGAAAGGACAAGCUGAAUGUGUGAUUCGUGAAAUGUUAUCUGGACGAAGCAAAAGGAGACAACAGUAUUCCACACUCACGCAGAUGAUAAUCCAACUACUUACUGUGAUAUUAGAGGAUAGAGGAGAAACAUCGGUUUGCCUGACUUCAACUGAUGCUAGUUGGUUCACUGCAAUUGGAGAAUGUCUUUCAGAAUCAGAAAUUCAGCUAGAUGAUUUCCCUCCUGAAAUGUUUAAAAAAGGCCUUUCUCAGUAUGAGAAGUUGAAUUCAUCAAAAAGGCUUAAGCUUUUGAAUUUCUUAUGCGAUGAGACACUUGGCACAUCGGUGAUGAGAAAUUGCAUUGAUAGCCAAAAUCUUGAAUCUGUUGAAAGGAAAAAGGAAGCUAAAGAAAAGAUCAGUGCAACAAAAGAUAAGGAGAAAGAACUAAAGCAGAAGUUGCAAGAUGAGUUGGUCCAAGCAGUAAAAGAGAAAAACGGGAUUCCAUUGUUGAUAACAGAACGUGAUGCAAUUGUAUCGCGAAUAAAUGCUGAAACUAAAGAAGUUUAUUCUGAAAUGCAAAACAUAAUAGACAUGCUAUCCAAAAAGAGUCAAGGAAGUGAUGAUGCUGUUAGAACCAACCCGGUGGAAUUGGAUGACAAUGGUCUUAUAUUCUGGAGAUUGAAGACUUACAAUGAUAAGCAAAACAUUCUGCUUCAAGAUGUAGGAAGCUUGACUGAUGUAUGUCCUCAUGAAAAAUGGUUUUCCUUCAGCUCUGAGCAAAAACCAGAGAUAGAGAAAUACAUCUCUUUCAUAAGGAUGAAACGGCUUCGAGCACAAAAGAAUGCAAAUACUAUUAUCACUUAGAGAUGAGUCUCUUCGGCUGUGAGCACAUAAGAACAUGAUUCUGAUAAGCAAUGAGGUAAAAAAGGCUGACUCAAAACUCUUUGACAUGUGAUUUUGAAUCGCAUUGAGUAUUGAUUUAUGAACAACCUAAAGAGCUGCUUGUAUGAUAAUGUUCAUUCGGAUUCCCUAAAGUAUGAAAUAAUCUUGAUAGAUAUGAGUUAUUUGUAAGUUUCAAGAAUUUCUAAAAAGUGAACAACAGAUUCUAUAUAGAAUUCUUAUUAUGAUAUUGUAUCUUUAACUUUGCAA